AUUCGCCUUGCGGAUCUCGUCUCGGUUUGUGUCGCUGUGACUUUUUCUCCGCCUUCCCUCCACCGUCACCACCGGUAUUUAAAGGGGGCGACUAGAAACUCCCCAGCGCACACACACACACACAUGGAGAGCGCGAUUACGACCGUGGUGAUCCUGGCCCUGGCCCUGGUGCUGGCCGUCGAGAGCAGGCCCCAGGCCGCCGGGUCGAAGAAGGCCAACUUCAAGGAGCAUCCCUGCUACGGGACUCUGGAGACCAAGACCCAGGAGGACUUCCAGGAACUGCUCAAGAACGAGGCCCAGGUCGAGAGCUACAAGCUCUGCGUCCUCAAGAAGGCCGAGUGUCAGGAUUGCAUCGGAUACGAGAUGAGACGUCUGAUGCCCGGGAUGAUGAACUCCCACGUGUGCUCGCGGGACCCCACGGGCACCAUCUACCCCUUCUGCCCCAGCUCCUCGGUCCAGACCAAGGGCAAGCAGUUCAUGGCGGAGCUCCGCAACCGACACUACUUCCUCUACGAGGAGAUCGCCUGCCUCUACCGGUUCGGCGGGAACCCCCAGGUCUGCGGGAAGAACGGCGGCGGCGGCGGCCGCCAGUGACCCGUCCGUGCAACUUUCUCUUGCCACUCACGUCCAGCCAAUGAUGAAAAACAUUCCGACCUCCGCUCUUUUAAUAAAGUCUCCCAUGAAUGUUUA